AUGACUUACCAUGUUGUUAAAGAUCCCAUAAAAAAGGUUGCUAUCUUUGGAGGGACUCAUGGGAAUGAGCUAACAGGAGUAUUUCUGGUCAAGCACUGGCUAGAUCAUGGCGCUGAGAUUCAGAGAACAGGGCUGGAGGUAAAACCAUUUAUCACCAACCCAAGAGCUGUGAAGAAGUGUACCAGAUAUAUUGACUGUGACCUGAAUCGAGUUUUUGACCCUGGAAAUCUUGGCAAAAAUAUGUCAGAGGAUUUGCCAUAUGAAGUGAGAAGGGCUCAAGAAAUAAAUCACUUAUUUGGUCCAAAAGACAGUGAAGAUUCCUAUGACGUUAUUUUUGACCUUCACAAUACUACUUCUAAUAUGGGGUGCACUCUUAUUCUUGAAGAUUCCAGGAAUGACUUUUUAAUUCAGAUGUUUCAUUACAUUAAGACCUCUUUGGCUCCAUUACCCUGCUACAUUUAUCUUAUUGAGCAUCCUUCCCUUAAAUAUGCAACCACUCGUUCUAUAGCCAAGUAUCCUGUUGGCAUAGAAGUUGGUCCCCAGCCUCAAGGGGUUCUGAGAGCUGAUAUUUUGGAUCAAAUGAGAAAAAUGAUUAAAUAUGCUCUUGAUUUUAUACAUAAUUUCAAUGAAGGGAAAGAAUUUCCUCCUUGUGCUGUUGAAGUCUAUAAAAUAAUGGAGAAAGUUGAUUAUCCCAGAAAUGAAAAUGGAGAAAUUGCUGCUAUUAUCCACCCUAAUCUGCAGGAUCAAGACUGGAAACCGCUGCGCCCUGAGGAUCCUGUGUUUUUAACUCUUGAUGGGAAGACAAUUCCAUUAGGUGGAGACUGUAUUGUGUACCCGACGUUUGUAAAUGAGGCAGCAUAUUAUGAAAAGAAAGAAGCUUUUGCCAAGACAACUAUACUAACACUCAAGGCAAAAAGUGUUCGCUCCUCUUUACAUUAG